AUGUCCAAGUUAAGUGAGAUGGGAUACAGCCAGCAAGCCAAAGGUCCAGCCACGAUUAUGGCCAUUGGCACUGCCAUUCCCUCGUAUGUCGUCUAUCAGGCUGAUUUUCCGGACUACUACUUUCGACUCUCUGGCUGUGACCACAUGACAGAACUCAAAGAGAAGUUCAUUCGAAUCUGUGAGAAGUCCACAAUAAGGAAACGCUACAUGCACUUGACUGAAGAAAUACUGAAGCAGAAUCCUGCCAUACUGACCUAUGAUGGUCCGUCCCUCAAUGUUCGACAACAGUUGGUAGCGUCUGAGGUGCCUAAACUUGCCAUGGAAGCAGCCUCAAAGGCGAUCGAGGAAUGGGGCCAGCCAGUAUGGAAGAUCACCCACCUUGUGUUCAGCUCAGUUGUCGGAGCGGCAACUCCUGGGGCUGACUAUAAAUUGAUCAAGCUCCUCGGACUUGAACCAUCUGUUAAAAGGGUCCCACUGUACCAACAAGGCUGCUAUGUCGGGGGAACUGCCCUUCGAAUAGCUAAAGACCUGGCAGAGAACAAUGCCAGUGCCCGUGUACUCGUAGUUUGUGUAGACAACACGAUCUCGAGCUUCCGUGGCCCAUCCAAGCACAUAACUAACCUAGUAGGCCAAGCGCUCUUCAGUGAUGGGGCAUCCGCUGCAAUAGCUGGUGCUGAUCCAAUACCAUCAGUGGAACGACCUAUCUUCCAAAUUGCUCACACUUCGAUGCAUCUCGUACCCGAUUCUGACAGCGAAGUCACUCUGGACUUUCUCGAUGCGGGACUCAUUGUGCAUGUUUCGGAAAAAGUGCCCUCGUUGAUUGCCGACAACCUGGAGAAGAGCUUGGUGGAAGCUCUAGGUCCCACUGGGAUCAAUGACUGGAACUCCUUGUUUUGGGCAGCUCAUCCUGGUGGCCCGAAAAUCCUCGACAUGAUAGAAGCAAAGCUAGGGCUGAGGAAGGAGAAGCUGCGGGCCACUAGGACCGUCCUAAGAGAGUACGGUAACAUGAUAGGAGCGUGCUUGUUGUUCAUCCUGGAUGAAAUACGACAGAACUCAUUAGAGGCGGGAAUGGCAACCACCGGUGAAGGAUUCGACUGGGGCAUCCUCCUUGGCUUUGGACCAGGUCUCACUGUUGAGGCCGUCGUACUCCGUAGUUUUCCCAUUGCUAAGUAGCAAGUAAAUCAAAGGAGCUUGUCCAUCGGUUCUCGAUCGAGAAACCAUUCCAUUUUGUUGCCAUUGAUGGGCUUAUGUGGUUUCCGAAUACCUCGAAGUUCAGUACACUGACGAAAAGAAAAAUUAACCUUACGAGUUUGGA